AUUGCUGCAGGCUGCAGUCGGAGGGUUGGAUGGUGGAGCGGUGAGACGUUGUGGACGGCAGCUGAUGGAGCAGAGCUACGGGGAGGUGAAUCAGCUCGGCGGGGUGUUCGUGAACGGCCGCCCGCUGCCGAACCCGGUGCGUCUGCGGAUCGUGGAGUUGGCGCAGCUCGGUAUGCGGCCCUGCGACAUCAGCCGCCAGCUGCGGGUCUCCCACGGCUGCGUUUUGCACAAACGGCUUUACUCUACUCUGACGAAACAACAGAUAACUGGUGUGCCUGGAUCUGAUGGACAUCCAGCCAAAAUGGAGGAAUGGACCAGCGUUCCCAGCAUGACCAGUAUGAGCAGCAGAUCGUUUCCGUCUGGAAUCAAUGGAGUCGAGAAACCCAACAACGAACUGGACAUCAAAUAUCCACAGCAGUCUUCAUCCGGCCUGCCUGGUUACCUCUCAGCUUGUGCAUAUUCUCCGCCGAACCAGUACUGUGUGUAUGGAGGCCCUGCAACCAACUACAUGAACUCUGGACACCACUGGCAGCCCCAGUCCUCCAGUCUGACUCCCAGUUUGAAUUCCAGAAUGACCCCCAGUCUGAGCCCUGGAAUGACUCAGAGUCUGAGUCAUCCCAGCUCAGCUGCACUACAGGAAGCUGCAGAUUUCCACUCCACAUCUUUCAAACUUUCACAGAGAGAAGAGGAAGGGAAACUUCCCCUGAACAAACACCAUCACUCUGCUCACAGAUUAUCUUCAGCCUCGUGACGACGUGGAGGAAACGCAGUGGGACUGGAGCAAUGUUUAAAUAGGGUCAUGUUUUAGAAGAUUAGUGGCAAAUUGAGCUGUGACUGUGCUGGAGCUACAAACCAAUCUGUCCGGAUCGGGACUUUUAUUUAGUGAUGAAAAGGUGAAGGAAGAAAACACGAAACAGACCAGAGAAAGUCCUAAAAAAAAAUGUUUUUAGCUUGAAUAAAACUAAUUUGUCUUCCAUAUAAUUUGAUGUUGUUGCCACAAAAGAGAACGUUUAAGCUGCAUUUGAAUUCUUGUAAAGUAUUUUGGC